GCCCAGUGAAAUUGGAAAAGAAUUAAUAAAUAUGACUGUUCGAACCGACCUAUCAGCGUUCUGCAAGUACUACCCAUGAUUCCUUGCAUGUCGGAGUUCAGAUCAAGGUUUUCUGAUCGGUCGUCGUAGUUUGAGGAGGUGAAAAGUGUGGUGGUGCUUUAUUGCAUAUCCUUUAUGAGAUAUUACAUUUAACGGUUGGCUCCUGACUUUCUUCUGCAGCCAGGGUAGAACACCUCAUAAACGAAUACAUAGCGUCGUUCGACUCUGCGAUUUUUAUCGUGUCUUGCUUUGGAACUAGUAUCUUCGAGGCUACACCCCAUCCCCGACAUCGUUGCCGAAUUAAUACCUAACCCUCAAUAGCCCAUUGUCAAGCAGCUUCAAGAUGUCAGCCACAACUACACAUAAAUAUCGUUACAAAAAUGUGGGUUUAGACUCACAAGAAUUGAGACGACGUAGAGAAGAGGAAGGUGUUCAGUUAAGAAAACAGAAAAGAGAGCAACAGUUAUCAAAGAGACGUAAUGUUCCUAAUAUGGUUGCUGAUGAUGACAACAUUACAACAAGUGAAGCUAUUUGUCCCGCACCACAAUCAAAAACCUCCAUUAUUGUAAUGGAAAUGGUGCAAGAAUUACAUAGUCCUAAUCCAGAAAAUCAAUUGGCAGCUACACAAAGAUUUAGAAAAAUGUUGUCUAAGGAGCCAAAUCCGCCAAUCGAUGAAGUUGUAAAAACUGGAAUUGUACCUACAUUUGUUAAAUUCUUGGAGAAUGAUGCAAACUGUACUCUGCAAUUUGAAGCUGCUUGGGCUUUAACAAAUAUAGCAAGUGGAACAUCUCAACAAACACGUGUAGUAGUAGAAGCAGGAGCUGUACCCAUCUUCAUUUCAUUACUUGGUUCUAAAUAUGAAGAUGUUCAAGAACAGGCAGUUUGGGCAUUGGGCAAUAUUGCAGGAGAUAGUCCUGAAUAUAGAGAUCGUGUAUUAGACAAUGGCGUCCUUCCUCCUCUCUUGCAGCUACUUUCUAAAACAACACGUUUGUCAAUGAUACGUAAUGCGGUAUGGGCAAUAUCGAAUCUUUGUCGAGGCAAAAAUCCACCACCAAAAUUCACCCAAGUUGCACCCUGUUUACCAGUUUUAGCUCAUUUUCUUAAGCACACUGAUAAUGAUGUUCUUGCUGAUGCUUGUUGGGCUCUUUCCUAUUUAAGUGACGGGCCGAAUGAAAAAAUUCAAGCAGUUAUUGAUGCAGGUGUAUGUAGACGUUUAGUAGAAUUACUCACGCAUCAUCAGGACACCGUGGUCAGUGCAGCGCUUCGGGCAGUGGGCAAUAUAGUUACAGGUGAUGAUGUACAAACGCAAGUUGUUCUUAACUGUUCUGCGUUACAAUGUUUGUACAAUCUAUUGAAUUCGUCGCAAGAAAGUAUUCGUAAAGAGGUGUGCUGGACAAUCUCUAAUAUUACGGCAGGAAAUCCUCAGCAAAUUCAAGCUGUCAUCGAUGCCGGUAUAUUUCCCGUCCUAAUUGAUAUUUUAAUAACAGCUGAAUUCAAAAUUCGAAAAGAAGCGGCAUGGGCUGUCACUAAUGCUACCAGUGGUGGUGCACCCGAACAAAUACGUUAUAUUGUUGUUGAAGGAUGCAUUCCACCGUUAUGCAAUUUGUUAACAGUCAUGGAUCCUAAAAUUAUUCAAGUUGCAUUAAGUGGUUUAGAAAACAUACUGCGUGUCGGAGAACAAGAUGCUGCUCCUAAUAGAAUGAAUCAAUAUGCGGUAAUAGUCGAAGAAUGUUACGGCCUAAACAAAAUAGAAUUUUUGCAAUCUCAUCAUAAUCCAGAAAUUUAUCAGAAGUCCUUCGAUAUAAUUGAACGAUAUUUCGGUUCAGAAGAUAUGCGAGUCGUACCUACCAUUGAUGCGCGAGGACAGCAGUUCCUAUUCAGAGCGCCUGAUUCAUCUCAGCUACCAGUCCAGGGCUUUGAAUUUUAAUCACUUUAUUUUAAUGGAACCCCUGAAUGUAUCACCUGGUUCAAUCUCGUUUCGUUCUUUGUAUUUACAACUAUUUUUCGUGAUAAGGACAUUUCCAAAAUGAAAGAAAAAUCGGUUAGAUGCAAAACAGUGGUAUAUUUAUAUAUAUACUUUGAAUUCGUUUGUAUCGAACAGAAUAUCAGUAAAAAAAAAUCAUGAAGUGAUGAUCAGUUUUUUGCUCGACGAUAAAUAUGAGUAAAAUGUUUAUACGCAGUUAUCUUAAGUGGUUUUCUCUUAUUAUUUUAGCUACACCAUACGCAUCGUUCUAAGUUUACUACAAAAAUGCAGUUGUGUUUAUUACGAACUUAUGGCAGAUUGUGAGAAUGCUUUUAUCUUCUUAAGCUUUAAAAUAAUUUGGAUAAGUUCGUAUUCGAACUCAUAAUAUAAACCAUAUUUAGUAUGAAACGUUUAGUUUAUUGGAAUUAACAAAGUAAACAUCUUAGUGCUUAAGUAGAAACAAAUACGAUACGGAAACAAUGAUCAGGACGAUUUACUAUGAGGUAGACCUGUACCUC